AAAAAAACUUUUCACAAAAUGAUAGACUUGUACAUGUCAUAGUUGUCUCAAAAUGGGAGAUACACAACUUUCACACUUUUUAGCCAAAAUAUUACGCCAUGAAGCCAUAGACAGAGGGCUACAGGUAUCUGAAGAUGGCUAUGUUGAUGUGGAGGAUAUCUUGGAACUGUCUGAGGCCAGAGGCAGGACAGAGGAAGAUGUCAGAAGGAUUGUUAGGAAUGACAGCAAAGGUAGAUUUAGUCUGAGAGACAAUCCAUUUCUACAAAUAAAGGCCACACAAGGACAUUCAUUUAAGAUACCUAAGCCUGAACUUACACUUGUCACCCAUCACACACAGGUACGCUGUGCCUUACAUGGCACUCGUAGCAGAAACUGGGAAUCCAUCAAAUCACAGGGAAUAUCCAAAAUGAAGAGAACUCAUAUUCAUUUUGCACAAGGAGAUAGAGGAGUCAAAAGUGGCUUUCCACCAAACUGUGACAUGGCCAUUGAAAUUGAUGUAGAAAAGGCCAUGGGAGAUGGAAUCAGAUUUUACAUUUCUGAAAAUGAUGUGGUGCUAACAGAGGGGAGAAAUGGUGUUAUUUCAAAGAAAUAUUUCAGGAAAGCUUACAGACUUGGUUCAAGAGAAGAAUUAUCAUUUUGAAACUCAAUGAAAAAUGAGGAGUUGUUUUGAAUUGUACAAUUACUUGACAUAAAAUGCAAUACAUGUACUAUGUGGAAUGACUUGUGAUUGACUCUAUCUUUUCUGUGAUACAAGGAAUUUGUUUAAUACCUUUGUGCCAUAUUUUCAUACCUUUUUGCAUGCUACUUUUAUUGUUACUGAAACUGUAAUU